GGAGCAAGUUCAAAACUUUACAACCCUGAUGCGCGUGCACGUGUGCUGAUAAUGCACUAGAUAGAUAUCAGCAUUAGAAGAAAUAAAUGAUGUGCGCAUUUCAUGUGCCAGGAGUUUUAUUUAUUGCCUGCAAGCUGCAGCGAGUCCUUGACUGUUAAACAGUUACAAGGUACAGAGAGAGAGAGAGAGAGAGAGAGAGAGAGAGAGAGACCUUUGUCACAAUGUCAUGACUGAGAACCACAUUUGCUUUUCAUACUGUGUUUGCAAUCUCCAUAAGACGCUUUAAAUUGAUAUUAAACCAGCUCGGGUUAUUCCAGCCAGGAACAAUGCUGUGCAAGUAUAAGUACACAACCCAUCUGUGUGUGUUCAUGGUGCUGCUCCUUCAGCUGUUAUCCAGGACUGCAGCGCAGUCCUGUGCCAGCAGCUGUGGAGAGAAGUUCAGCUCAUGCUCUUGUCAUGCGACGUGUGAGUCUCUGAGGGACUGCUGUGCCGAUUACAAUCAUUUCUGCCUUGACAUUGAACCACGCUCUGGAUCUUUGCUGGGAGGCGCAGACUUUAAAAUCCUCAACGUUACGUUCCAGCAGAACAUUAACCUCACCUGCAGGUUCAGCUCGGAGAUCGUGACAGAGGGAUACGUGGAUGAGGACGGAGCGGGUCACUGCAUCACUCCUCUGCUCUACGAGUCGGGCUGGAUCCCUUUUGAGGUGUCCACGGAUGGACUGCACUUUGACAGAUCGGGGCGGUGGCUCUCAGUUCACCACAGUAAGCUGAGUCCCUUUCACACGAGCGUUCUGGUCAACGCCACUCAGUGGCAGUACUACGGCACUCCAGGCGUCGGCGGGGACCUAAAGAUCAUCUGGAUACCGUCUCUAAUUAAGGCAGAGAGAGUCAACAUCGAGCUGUGGGGUUACAAUGAGACAGGAGAGGCGUAUUCUGCGAACUGGGAGGCGGAGUGGAAGUAUCUGUACACCGUGGGCAGGGAUGUACCCAACACUGGAGUUUUUAGUUUUACCCCACAUAUCGCCGAUAAACCCUACUCCCUUUGGGACCUAGGGAGCAUGCGGGUCAGCCCGAGCACUAAACCAGACGGAGCCCAGAAUGUGAACGCUCUGUGGAGUGGAGCGCACGCGGUCGCCUGGCAUCUUGAGGAAGCCUUCAGGAGGGACUCUGCGGCCUGGGCCCUGGAGAAGUGCAUCAGCUGGGAUAAAGAAGAGAAAGCAAUGCCCGACUUCCUGACUGAGAUCACCGAUUGCCCCUGCACACUUGCCCAGGCCCGCGCUGACACCGGGAGAUUUCACACGGAUUACGGCUGUGAUAUGGAGGCGGGUAGUUUCUGUGUUUACCAUCCCGGGGCGGUUCACUGCGUCAGAGCCAUUCAGGGAAGUCCUGAGUACGGUGCGGGUCAGCAGUGUUGUUACGACAGCGCCGGAGCUCAGGUGCUCACGGGGGACUCUAUCGGUGGCAGCACCCCGGAUCGAGGGCACGACUGGGGCGCGCCGCCCUACAGGAAACCCCCCAGAGUCCCAGGAUUCUCUCACUGGAAGUAUGACGUCAUCAGCUUCUACUACUGCUGCCUGUGGUCAGAUAAUUGCAAAUACUACUUUACUCACCGGCCGUCCAGUGACUGCAGGACAUAUCGCCCUCCUAGAGCCGCCGUUGUUCUCGGUGAUCCCCACUUCGUGACCCUCGAUGGCGCGACUUUCACCUUCAAUGGGAAAGGAGAGUACGUUCUGCUUCAGUCCUCAGACUAUCAGCUGUCUGUCCAAGGCAGGACGGAACCAAUGAAAUUUGAGAACGGUACUGUUGCUAUGGCGACGCGACUCAGUUCCGUGGUCAUGAGGGAGAAAGACUCUGAUGUCAUCGAGGUACGUCUCACAGACCAAGCGGAUGUGCUGCAGGUUUUAAUGAACCAGCAGGUGCUUUCCUUCUCUGAGCAAAAAUGGAUUGACCUUUCAGGUGUUUUUGUUUUUUCCCCCAAAGCCACGAACGUGACAGUGAUGUUUCCGUCGGGGACAGGGGUUGAGGUCAGGGCAGGUGAAGGGGUCAUGACCCUUACAGUGUUACUGCCACAUGCCCUACAGAACCGUACGCUGGGGCUGCUCGGCACCAUGAAUGAUGACCCUGAAGAUGAUCUGACCUCCAGUGAUGGACUGAUGAUCCCUCUCAACAGCAGCGCUCAGGACAUAUUCAUCUACUGCGCUGGCUGGGCCGUUACGAAUGAGACUUCUCUUUUUACUUACGACUCGACCUACCUCCUUAACGAAUAUUCCAGUGCCCCAAAGCACGAUCCGUCUUUCGUCCCAAACUUUGGGGUGACUGAGGACCCGGAGGACCCCUUGCUGACGCCGGUGCUGGAGCUGUGUGCUGGAGACGGGGCCUCCUUCUGUAAAUACGACGCUCUUAGCAUGCGCAGUCUGGAUCAGGGCAAUGCCACGCUGCUGGCCUACCGGAGCCAUGCGUCCACGAAGAAAGCUCUGGAGCCUGUUCGGUCCUGCGGUUGGCUGUCUCCACCUAACCACGGUCAGAAGGAAGGAACCUUGUACCUGGAAGGGGCAAAGGUCACGUUCUCCUGUCACAGCGGGUACCGUCUCUACGGGUCCCAGGAGCGCACGUGUCAGGCGGGCGGCGAGUGGUCUGGAGAAGAUGCGCACUGCGUGGCUGAUAAUACGUUGGCCAUUGUCUUGGGGAGUCUCGGCGCGGUGUUGGCGUUGGUCGUCAUGGUGAUAGCAGUCGUUGCAUACACAAAGAAACAGAACAAAGAGGCGAGGAAGCAACAUGAUGACAAGGUGACCUAUCAGCAGUCUGGGUCACAUCUGUAAAAAGAUUUUAUUAAUGGUAUUAGACUUGUUUAAAUGUUACGUUUUUAGUUUAACAUUCUUUGUUUGAGCGUGAAUCUUUGUUUGUGGACAGUAGUUUAGUUUGUGUCUGCUAGAAUUGUUAGUUAAUUUAAGUAGAACUGAACUUUUAAGUCUGUAAAUUGCAUCAGCAUUACUAUAAAUCCGUUUUUAUAGUUUAAUAUAAUUUAAUUUGAAAUUAUUUGCACAGCCAAUUUGAUUGCACUUAAAAAUGUAAUGCAGUAGCUGAACUUAAG